AUUGCGACCAAAACGGUGUGGCACAUCGUCGCGUGAGGUAUUUGGUGCUACUCUAUCUCCGAAAUCGGAAUCGCGCGUGGAAAACAAAUUCCUAACCAUCGGGUGGAUAUCGGAACCAGAAAAAAACAGGAUACGAGCUGAAAAUAAAGUUCAUGGAUUGUGAAUAGUGAAAAGGUGUAAAAAGUUACUUGAAACCACUUUUCCAGAAAAGCACUAGUAAUUAGUAUCUGAAUUUGAAGUAGUAAUUUAGCGAUAGCAUCAGUACCGCGGAGUGAUCGGAAACUAGUGAGCCCUUACCCUCUAGUGAAUUGGGGAACGUGAAAAGCUUGAAAAGCGGAUGAUCCUUAAGUUCAAUGAAACUAUUGAAAAAGAGUCAAAAUCCUAAAUUCUUUACAAUGAUAAUGCUAAAGUUAGUUAAUUAAUUAAAUGUUUUGCUAUAAACGUGGAAUUUAAAAUAUUAAACCUUGGGAUAAGUGGAAAAUUAUCAGGAACGUGAAAAUGAAAGUGGAUACAAGUAGCAAUCAGUGAAAAAAAUAUUAAAAAUAGUGAGUGUCUGCUAAAAUGAAAUGAAAUGAAAAUUGACCCAUGCAAAUAAAAAAAAUCGGAAUAUGUAAAUCACAUGUUGGUUACUAUUUAAAACACGGACGAUAUUAAUGGCUUGUAAACAAUACUCUUGUAGACAUUAAUUAGCCUACUGUAUGAAGUUUUAGUUUUUAAAGAAAAAUGGAGGAUCCGCAGUUUGCAGAUGAAUAUGUUCAAGAAUUUGUUCUAGACCAUUUGGAUGGUAGCGCAGCAGCUGCUUCUGCUGCUUCUGCUGCAGUCGGAGUGAAACAGGAGGAGCAAAGCCCACCAACUGCAAAAAUCACGUGGAAUAUAGUUCAAGAAGAGGAAGAAGUCCCUGUACGAAUGCGGACCUAUACAGUACCUCAGCAUCCCUCAUCGUCAGCUUGGCAUCAUGACGAGCGACAUUGUAAGUCAGUGCUCCAACCGCUUUCUCCAUCUUCAGAGAUGUAUACACAUGGGCCAAUGGCUGGACAAGCGGUGCUAGUAAGCGCUCCUGUAACUGGAGUUCCAUCAACCCCGCCUGAAACUCCUCCUGUCAUCGGAUCCCCAAGUUCAUGUAAUCCCCAAGGCUAUACAAACCCGUAUGUGCAUCCACACCGUCAACCCGGAACUGGACUUGUUGAAGAAAUGAUGUGGCUGCCACAGUCUAUACGAACAGACCCUCAGCCAUUAGAUCUCCGGCCGCUGAACUGUUCUAUUCAAGACGUUGAAUGGGAACGUCGUGACUAUAUACAUUCUGCUAAUGUUCCUAAUGGCCAUACUCACGUAAGCCUGCAACCUCACCACUUCAACCAACUUGAGCAUCUAUCACCCUUGAAUAUGCAUUCCUCGUAUCACAAUAAUCCUCAAACGGCUAGCCGCCCAAUGUCUGUUAGUUCAACUAGAUCUUCAAUGGCCUCGCCCAGGACUUCCUCCGGUCAGUAUAGUAAUUCGAGUAGUAUGGGUAGCGAAGAUGUAAUUAAUGAUGAGCUUCUUACAACACUAUCAGUUCGGGAGCUCAACAAACGCUUGCACGGUUGUCCGCGCGAAGAGGUUGUCCGGCUAAAACAAAAACGCAGAACACUUAAAAAUCGAGGGUAUGCCCAAAAUUGCCGCUCGAAACGUCUACAACAACGACAGGAUCUUGAAAAAAUGAACAGACAAUUACAAUACGAUUUACAACAAACGAAAAUGAAAUUAAAUCGUGUGCUUCAGGAACGAGACCAGUUAGUGCAGCGUCUUCAGCUAAGAGCAGCGGCACAAAAUGUUGGUCAGACAAAAGACUUGCAUUCGGACGGACAUAGUUCACCUGAGUUCUUACUUUGACGGCAGAUAGGGCCUCAAAAUCAAUGGGGACGGUAUUAAAAUAUCCCAGGCAGGGGGCAGAUUAGAAACAAAAUGGUAAUAUUCUGUUGGUAUAUUAUAAGUAAUAGUAAUGGAAUCUAAUAUAUUCGAAAUGUAGAUUUUCCAUAAUUUUAAAAUGCGGUUUUCCGAUCUUCUCCCAAAUAAAAAGUACUGAGAGAAAUAAUUUGUCGUAAGAAAAAUGGGAAGUAGAACUCUACAUUGUAAAUCUGUAAACUGUAAUUUCAAGAAAACUUAAGUUGAAAUGUGGAGAAGAUCAAAAAGCCAUCCAUUGGUUAUUUUUAAGUGCAUUGCAACAAUGUGUAAAUGAGAUGAGAUAGUAGAAGGGAGGGAAAAAAUAACUAUAUAGAAUGUUUAUGAUGGUUUCAAACCAAAAUAAAAUUCGCACGCGCGUUGAGUUCAACUUUCCAGGAGAAAAUAGUUGCACGUAACAACCAUUUCCUGAGUUUCAUCUUCACUAUUUGUAUAUGAACCCUGGUUCAUUCAAAUACAUAUACAUAUUUAUAUUCUCAGUAAAGUUCAGUUUAAUCUAGAGUAAGAAUCUUUCUUUUUUAUUGUGUUAUCAAUUAUCAGUUCAAUUACUCAGCUUGUUGAAGUUUAGUGACACAAAGUAUUAUUUAAUUUGAAAUUGAUUGUAAGAAAGUUCAAAAGAGUUCAGUUAGGACCGAAUAAAGCACAAAGUGGGAAAUUUUAAUUUACCAAAUCAUAUCCACCUAAAACGAAUAAUCUAGGUUUCAUAAUAUACUAUGUUACUAUUCUUGUUGUUACUAGUAAUGUUUAUUAUAAUUUUUAAUGUGAAGAAAAGUUACAAUACAGACUAUAUUUUUUAUAGAAUUGUUUAUGAGACUUCUUUUAAUUUUAAUAAAUAAAACUGUGAAGUAAGUUGUUUUAUUUUUUAUUUCAAUCUGCAUUAUCAUCACCCUGGGCAAAUUAGCAUGGAAAGUCUGCUUCUUUCAAUGGAACAUUAUAUUAAAGAUUAAAUUAGCGACUCAAACGUGCCAGCAAGAAUGUAUCGCUACAAUUACUUAGAAAGUAAAAGUGCGCUCAAAGUCUGAAAAGUUUGUUUGUGUUUACACUGAGGAAUAAAGUUUGAUUAAUAUCUGAUGUACUUUAUACAACAUACGCUCUCUGCUAUGUCUGUCCUUGUUUUCAGGUGCGAUUGUCAACAAACCCAACUAAUGUAUCAAUUUCAUUUAAAAUCGCAUUUCCAGAAAAUACUACCAAUGGUCUCAUUUCAAUGUAUUUAAAAAAAAGUAUAUAAAAAUUAGUUCAAAGGCACGCUGAAAACAAUGACUUAGAUAUUUUUAAUGCAUUUACUACAUAUUUUCGUAGUUAUUGAUUUCUCUGAUUUAAAUUACGACCUUUUAAGUUAUACCGAUUCAUACACUAGUAUCAUUUCCA